AUGGAUGAACCGAGGAUAUUGUCAAUUACCAGAUCAGAAGCAAAACUUUCAGACGAACGAGUGAAUGGAUUAACUAAGUUCACAUUAAAAAGGUCUAAUUUAGUUUUUGGAGACAGUGGGUGGUACGGAUGUAUCGAGAAGAGCAAAUACAAGCCUGAUGCUCAUCUUAGUAAAUUUGACAUAACGCCCUACAAUUAUGAUGAAGCAAAUGUAAAAUGGAUCUACGUCACUAAUUUUAAUUAUACUUUAAUUUCAGCGACUCAAUACUGGUUACAUGACAUUCCAUUCUUACGUAAAAAUGCCAAUGGUGAAUAUGUUUUAUUGAAAAAGGAGGAUGAUGAUGUAACUCUGCCCUGCCGAUCAACUUCUGCCGACUAUUCAGUGAAACUUUACAAUUCAAUUGAUAAUACACCCAUUGAUUCAUUUGAGUACGAUCCAAAAAAAGGAAUAACUCUAAAAAAAAUAAAAAACGAUAGUAUUUUACAAUACAACUGUCUCGCAGAAAAAAAAGAUGGAACAAAGUCAGAACCAAAGAAAUUUAAAAUCGAGAUAAUAGAAAAUUUUUUGGAAAAGCCUGAAAUCACCAGCGAGACGUUGACUUUGAUGGAGAUUGGUAAGAAUUUCAGUAUGGAGUGCACCGGUCUUGUGUUAAAUUACGAAACCUACUUUCUUGAUUGGACUAUCCCUCAAACUGAUCGCAUAAUUAAGGAUUUAAAAACGUACUCGGUCCCGGCUGCUGAAAAUAAAGAAUUAAGUUACUAUCAAGUAACUCUUCAAUUGACGAUUAAAAAUGUAGUUAAAGAAGAUUUUGGUAAUUACGAAUGUCGGCUUUAUAAAUCUGCGUCUGUGGAAACAGCCAAGAUCAAUCUAACACCCCAUGAUAAGAAGCAUCUAAAACUAUCGUUGAAAAGUCCCAAAAGUGGUGAAGUAAUCGAAAGCGGUGCUCAACACACGUGGACAAUUGACAUCGACGCAUACCCUCUGCCUAAAUUACACUGGUUUAACCCUCAAAAAAAUGAAAUCUUUAAACCACCCAAGUUAAGAAGUUUCCAAGUAAAUGAUGAAAAAUUUUCGUUAGAUUUUACGAUGACUCAAUUCACUGUCGAUGAUUUAGGGACACAUACUAUCGUUGCUAAAAGUUCAGACAUAGAAAAAACGGUCACUUUCGAUGUUUUGGCCCAGACACCAGCGAAAGUCAUGGAAGUCAAGCAGAAUGAAGCGUGUUUGACAAAAGGAGCAACGGUCUUCCAGUGCCACGCCAAAGGUUAUCCUGUGCCAGAAAUAUCCUGGAAUUGUGUGGAUAAGGCUGGUGUUGUAGGAGAUGAAACUGGACUUAAGGUAAUUGAAUACUGUUCACAGAGAAUUAUGAUUAGAAGUCGUUAA